CAGUUAAAGUAUCAACUGUAGUAAAACAAAAUGAUAAAAAUCAGGUUUAACUCGGGAGCUGGUCAUCAUUUUUAAAACGAGUCGACUCAAAAACCCCUCCAAACUCAUAAACCUUCUAAAACCCUCUUAUCUAAAACUUCAACACAACUUCUCAAAUUAAAGCAAGAAAAAUGUUCAUCACAUUAACAGCACAAUCUCAGUGUUAUUCAUUACAAUUAAACAACAAUUAUCCUCAAUUUCACCUUCCAAAAAAACCCCAAUUUCUAAGAAUCAAAAUUUCUAAAAAAUGGAGGUGCUCUUCUUCUUCAAAACAACCCCAACAACAGCAAAAUCAACCCAAAAAAGAAGAAGAAUCAUCAACGAGUGAGAAACGAGCUGAUCCAGUUGGGUUUUUAACUCGACUCGGUAUUACCCACAAAGCUUUUUCUCAGUUCCUGCGUGAAAGGCACAAGGCUUAUAAAAACCGUAAAGAUGAAAUAUUUCAGCGGUUCAUGAAUCUCAAAGAAUUGGCUUCUGGGUAUGAAUUGUUGGGUAUGCAUCGACAUCCGCAGCAUCGUGUAGAUUUCAUGGAAUGGGCUCCAGGUGCACGAUAUUGUGCUUUAGUUGGUGACUUCAAUAAUUGGUCUCCUGUUGAGAAUGCUGCUAGAGAAGGUCACCUCGGCCAUGAUGAUUAUGGGUACUGGUUUGUAAUUCUUGAUGAUAAGUUGAGGGAUGGAGAAGAGGCCGAUGAUCUUUAUUUCCAGCAAUACAAUUAUGUUGAUGACUAUGAUAAAGGUGAUACAGUUUCCAUUGACGAAGCUUUCCAGAGAGCAAAUGACGAGUAUUGGGAACCAGGGGAGGACCGCUACCUCAAUAAUCGAUAUGAAGUAGCAUCGAAAUUGUAUGAACAAAUUUUUGGCCCUAAUGGACCACAAACACUGGAGGAACUGGAAGAAUUACCAGAUGCUGAAACUAGAUACAAGGCUUACAGAGAACAGCAUAAAGAUAAGCCUCCUGAAUUCUUUCGUUAUGAUGUGAUUGAUAGCGGAAAGGAAUAUGACAUUUAUAAUGUUGUGGAUGAUCCAAUUUCCCGAGAGAAAUUUCGUAACAUGAAGCCUCCUCUUGCUUAUUGGUUUGAGACAAGAAAAGGAAGAAAAGCUUGGAUGAAGAAGUAUAGUCCUUGUAUUCCACACGGAAGCAAGUACAGGGUCUAUUUCAACACUCCUGAUGGAGCUUUGGAAAGAGUUCCAGCCUGGGCUACUUAUGUUCUUCCAGAUGUGGAGGGAGAUCAACCUUGUGCUGUUCACUGGGAGCCGCCUCCUGAGAGCGCUCAUAAGUGGAGAAACAAGCAGCCGGCUGUCCCAAAAUCCUUGCGCAUUUAUGAGUGCCACAUUGGAAUCAGUGGGUUAGAGCCUACGAUAACCUCCUUUAAUGAUUUUACUGAGAAGACCCUUCCUUUCAUAAAGCAUCUCGGGUACAAUGCAGUCCAAUUAUUUGGUGUUAUUGAGCACAAAGAUUACUACACAGCUGGUUAUAGAGUUACAAACAUGUAUGCUGUAAGCAGUCGUUAUGGCACUCCAGAAGACUUCAAGCACUUGAUUGAUGAAGCUCAUGGUCUAGGACUACUAGUAUUUCUAGAUGUUGUGCAUUCAUAUGCAGCAGCAGAUGAGAUGAUUGGAUUGUCACAUUUUGAUGGAACAAAUGACUGCUACUUUCAUACUGGGAAACGAGGACAGCACAAAUAUUGGGGAACUAGAAUGUUCAAGUAUGGUGAUGUUGAUGUGCUACAGUAUCUCCUUUCCAACCUGAAUUGGUGGGUUGAAGAGUAUCAAAUUGAUGGUUUUCAGUUUCAUUCGCUCUCUUCAAUGAUUUAUACACACAAUGGCUUUGCUAGUUUCACUGGUGAAUUGGGGGAAUACUGCAAUCAAUAUGUAGAUAGGGAUGCCCUAAUGUACCUCAUCAUGGCAAAUGACAUUCUGCAUGCUCUGCAUCCCAAUAUUAUAACUAUUGCAGAAGAUGCGACAUAUUAUCCUGGAUUGUGUGAGCCCACUUCUCAAGGUGGACUAGGAUUUGAUUACUAUGUUAAUCUUUCUGCAUCUGAGAUGUGGCUGGACUUUAUUGAGAAUGUCCCUGAUGACAAAUGGAGCAUGAGUAAGAUUGUGACAACACUGAUGGGUAGCAAAUUGCAUGCUGAUAAGAUGCUUCUAUAUGCUGAAAAUCACAAUCAGUCAAUAUCUGGAGCGAAGUCUUUUGCAGAGAUAUUAUUUGGUAAUAUUGAAGAACAGUCACUAGAAUCAACAGACUUGUUUCUAAGAGGAACAUCAUUACACAAACUUAUCAGACUGAUUACCUUUACUAUUGGUGGCCGUGCUUAUCUCAAUUUCAUGGGCAAUGAAUUUGGGCAUCCCAAGAGAGUUGAGUUUCCAACGGCAAGCAAUGACUUCUCAAUGGAAUCAGCAAACCGACGUUGGGAUUUGUUAAUGGAGCAAGGCAUUCACUUUGAUUUAUUUGCCUUUGACCAGGACAUGAUGAAGAUGGAUGAAAGAGAAAGGGUCCUUUCAAGAGGCUUACUAAAUGUUCACCAUGUGAAUGAUGAUACAAUGGUAAUUUCUUACAUGAGAGGUCCUCUUUUGUUCAUUUUUAACUUUCAUCCGACUAAAUCAUACGAGGGAUAUUAUGUUGGAGUUGAAGAGGCUGGGGAAUAUCAAAUCGUGCUAAAUACUGAUGAGAAGAAAUAUGGUGGAAGAGAUAUUGUCCACCGUGAGCAAUAUCUCCAGAGAAGCAUUAGGAAGAGAAUUGAUGGUCUCCAGGACUGUCUACAAGUGCCAUUGCCUAGUAGGACUGCUCAGGUCUACAAAUUGUCACGAAUAUUGAGAACAUGAUUUUUUAACGGAUAGAGGGAUGCAAGUUUUGCAGACUUAUCUAGUUUUGACCUUGUACUGUUGUGAGCUACGACUAUGCUAACUGAUACUGGUAGCAAGUGAUAGACUAAACCUGAAUGACUGUUCAAGAAUUAAUGUGCUUUUGGCAAAGGAUAAUGUACACACUAUCAAACGAUUAUGGCAAUGCAUCUCAAAGUGGGCAAUCUUGUACAUAUGAGAUAUGAUGCGUUAUUACUGCUCUCAGCCCUGUCUGCGGGAGGUUUAUCUGGGAUGCAGUUCCAGUGACCUCAAGUCCUCAGUUGGAGAAAAUGAUGUCAUGCCAACGAAGGGGGUUAUGGAGACAAACUGGAUGUUUAUUACUGAGCCUGCUUUAGCAUAGGUAGGACAAUUUGUACGCUGAAAGCCUGGAGGGUAUGUACUCAAAACUGUCAUCAAAAGUACGUCUAAUUUGGUCAUUGUGGGUGCCAUGCCUUAUAAACAUACAAUGUAAAUUUGUAAUACUACAUAUAUACUUUGUAAUUUGUAUAUGGUAGUCAAAUAUUGUUAAUAGCAAGUUAAGGGUUUUAAGGUUUACAACAUUGAUAAAUAAGUGCAAUGGAUAAACGAGCUGAAGGAUUACUACAAUGGAUAAAUGUGAUUACUUUUAUAAAUAAGUGGAGUUAUACUUUAAAUAGCCAAAUUUAAAUAAUAGGGAUUACUCCAAUGGACAAAUAGGGUUUCUUUAAUUUUUAAUUAAUUGAUUUACUUGCACAAAAAAUGGGGGUUACUCUCAUAAGUGGAUUUUCCAAUUGGUGUAUUUAUUUUUUAGUUCUCUUUUGUAGCCUUUUCUCUUUAUUUUACUCUUUUCUACCCCUUUUGUAGUUUAUUUUCU